AUGACAUCAAUAUGCUGUAUAAUCCUAGCCCUGGGGGGAACAGCCCGAUCCUUUCAUUUAGAACCGUCUACGAGGACGAGCAGUCUUCCAUCUCGUUCGAAUACGAUUGCUUCGGGUCGUUUCUCCCUAUUGGGACGAGACAACGUAAAGGUACCUAAGCGAGCGUCUUCUUCCCUGUAUGGUAAAACGGACGACGACUGGGAUCUGAAGUCCCUUCUUUCGCUGGAGAAGGAAAACGCCUCAACGGAACAGCGGUUGGGCGAAACAAAUUUUGGAUUGGCACAGUUGACGUCGUUGACUCAACCAGCGCAACAAAUCUUGGAUGGCGCUACAUCCGGAUGGGCUUUGUCGUACGCCAACCUUAGCCCAGAUACCGAAAAAUCCGUACCGGGGGUGGGAUUCUUGGCCACCAAUAUGGCCUACGCAUUGGCGGGUCUAGUCCUGACAUUGCAAGGGGAUCUGUGGUUCGGUCUAUUGACCGACGUGACGGCCAUCGCGUCCUUCAAUUACCAUUACAAUCAGUUGCAAGUCCAGGGUGAAAUGGGAGCUCCAGUGGUUCGGCUGGCGCUUUUGGUCGACUAUGCAUUUGCUGCCCUUUCCAUCUUGACGGCGUCAGUCUAUUUAUUUUCGAGUCCAUCGUUUCCCCUAGAAGGGCUCGAAUACGGCGCUGUAUCGCUGGUUUGCUUGGGACUAUGCUGGGUAUACGAGGAGGGUCGGACGUACAUGAUACUUCACGGACUGUGGCAUUUGUUUUCCGCGUAUGCGGGAUAUUUAAUCGGCGCCGCACAUCUAGGUUUGUAGACUGCACGUUGUUUUCGAAGAACGCAAUACAUACACAGAAUCUUCCCUUGGACUCGGUGUGCGUGUAAAAGUAGAAAGUAAUCUUUUGGUUUUCCAUUUGACGUUUGCUCAUAAUAAAGCCAAGUUACUUGCUUU